UAUCCCCCUCUUUACUCUAUAGUAAGCAUCUUCCAAGACCCUUUUGCUCUCUCAUUCAAGUACACAAACAUGAAGCUAAGUUUUCACCUUGGAGCUCUACUCUUUUUUCUUUUCUUCCUAGUUUCUUCAUCACAACUAUUUGCCAGGCCACUUACCAUUGAACAAGGGAGAAACAGAUCAAAACUAAAUGGAGGCUCAUGGGAAAACUUUGUUUUGGGGUUGGAAGGAGGAGAAUCUUUUAAGCUUCUGGGGAUGGAGGACUGCAAUAGUGGAGAUGAAGAAUGUUUGCAGAGAAGAAUGACUUUAGAAGCUCACCUAGACUACAUCUACACCCAGCACCAUAAGCCUUGAAAUCAGAAAUCUUUAUCAUUUUAUACUUCAUAGAGUAAUAUCUUCUUAAUUUAGCUUAGACAAUAUCUAGCAAGGAUAUCUUCUAUUGUUUCUAUUUUC